GCACGGUGCUGUUGUGAGCACGCUUCAGUCGGCGAAAUCCAUUGGUAGGCUUCGAACCAUUCGCAGCCCUCUGCUGCCGACUAGUCGGUUGCCAAACAUUGUACCUGGUAGACGAAAUCCGUUUUCGCUCUGCAGAAACCACAACAGAAUUGGCGGUUUUCUGUUUUGCGCUCGCGAUUGAUUUUGGCGCGUAAUCGCCUUAGGCGAAACACGCGGUUAGUGGAGAACCUUACAAAAAAAAACUACAAUCGUUGUGAUGCUUCAUCUUUCCAGUUUUGUUAGGAUUAGGUCCGAUUCGAUGUUUCGUAUGGAUUUCAGUGAAAAAUAUCAGUACGUAUUGCAAAGUUCCAUCUGAGGGAUUGGAAACGGUGAUGAUGGAGUGAAUCGGGCGGGAAAAUUGAAAGCCACAAGAAACGUUGACCACAGCUCAGAUUCCCUCUCGCCAGGGACCACCAACCGUUUAGGUGGCGGUGGGUGGAGGUGAAAAUCGUUUUGGCGCUUGAACAAAACAAAAAGGAAAACGAGAAACUCAUAGCCAUUUGGUUAUGCGGUGGCUAUGCAAUAAUGUGCAUAGUGAACGUGAAAUGGAUUUGGUUAUGCUCCACUAAGAUCUAAUGGCAGUCGAGGCGGCAUAAACCUCGAAGAGAGUGAAUGGGAGAAAAAUAUUGGAUAGUGAUAUACUAGUGAGAUAUUAAUUAUGCCAACAAUUGGAGUGUGAGCGCCCCACAGCUAGUCGAAGACUAGAAGGUAAACGAUCAAUGCCAGAAAAAUAGAAGCCGAGUCUGAAGAAAGUGAAUUGGUAUAUAGAAACAGCCUUCACAGUGGCCCUGUGGGUAAUCAAGUGAAUCCGAGGACUCUACCGGUGAGGUGCAGUGAAAAGAGAAAUAAAAGUGCACGCUAUGCUAAAAAUGCAAUUUCACUACAAUUUCAAGUGAGGUGCGCGAAGAAGGAUCUCGUUGUUACUGUUGUUGAUAUUUCCAAGGGCGGUGAAAAUUUGUUUUGAUAUUUUUUCUGCUAGUGCUCGCUUUUUAACUCGAUUACUGGCGUCCACCGGAGCGAAACGAAAAUGAAAAUGAUCAAAGGCACCACAACGACGAUGAUGACUACGAGACUGGCCUUUCUAGUGACGCUUUUUGCGCUGACAACGGCCGUAGUGAUAGUGAAAUCUGAUAUAGUGCAAGAACAUGGUCCGGCGUUGCUGUCCUCAGCCGGGGAGGCGACAGCUGAUGAUGCUUUGGCAGGAGAUACGGAUGCUUCGGCACCUAAGCUGACCAUACAAAAGGAGGACCAUAUAAUUGGGCGUGCGGAUGGUUUUGCAGCCGAUGAUUCUCGACCAGUACAGACGUAUCCACUAACUACAAAUACAUCGAAUAAUCUUCCAUCGCAACCUCCACCCAAGAUUGAAGAAGAACCUGUUUCCGCAGCUCCCACUGACGUCUACGAAGGACGAAAACGGCGACGGUUAGGUAGAAAGCGAAAGCGAAGACCACUACAUGAUGAUUAUUGGCAGAGUGGGCAAGGACCGCGAGAUGAACCCGAAACAGAACAAAACUACCGAGAUCCAGAACCGGAACGUAAGAGAUUUUACUCACGCUGGGAACGGCAACGCCCUGCCGAUAGGUGGGCCAAUCCUUACACGGAUGCCGUUGACCCUCAUUCCACGUUCAGCAGCGAUCCACCCUCAAACCGAAGGCCAUUCGAACCGCACAGCAACCGAGGCAAUCGAGACAAUUUUCAACCUAUUGACACCAAUAGGCAAAGAAGACUUCCCAGACCGGAGGAGCACCAGACUCCCGGUUCCGGUUAUAAAGCCUACCGAAAACCGUACUCCCAGGCCAAGCGAAACGAAGAAGAAGGUGGAUCGUCCGACGAACAAGGAAAAACUGGCACUGCUGACUUGAAGGCUCUACUCAAACAAUCCGGAGGAUUAAGUCUAAGUGAAAUCCUUCAACAGCGAAACAUUUCACUGCAAGAUCUGAUCAAGGGUAAGCAAAUGGCGUUGGACGCAUUAACACAAAGUCCUUUAGAUAUCACUACGGUUACAGAGCAAGAUAACGAAGCCACUUCCAUGCUACCUACACUAUCUAGCGUAAGAUUCCGAAUACAAGACGAAUCUACUCCACGAACUGACUUUCAGGAAAUUAAAUCAAUAAAGCGUAUUCCGGUAUUCUCACCCUCGGCAGCCUCUGUCAUAGUGACGGAAGAGCCAACAACCACAACGGCAACAACUACUACUACAACCACGACAGAGCUACCGCCAACGGCGCAAGAUGAAAUCAACUCUGUUGAAGACAUCAUAACACUCGACAACUCGGGAGGCACGCAGAACGACAACGUUGGCAUCUUUCCAACCGUCGAAAUCAAACAGUUAGCUCUUAAUCCGGUUCUACCUACCGUCAAAGAAGAACGUCUUCGUCCUAUCAAAGGAGUUGCUUCUAGAAUACGCCCAGACUUAAGUAAUUCCAACAUCCGCACUGAAGAACUUUUUUCACCCACCAAAAAGCGGUUGGAAUCUCUCAGACCGUACGCCACAGCCGAACCCUGGCACUCAUCCACAUCUUCGUCUACCACAACAACUACUACGACCACUUCCAGUCCAAGUCCUACAGCUCGCGAAAAGUGGACUCCUUCAGUGGCCAUUCAAGAAAAAUACCUCCAGAAACUCCAGCAAUCCAAAACUCGUCAACGACCCGCGUCCACCGCUUCGGCAGAUCCCACUCCAGAACAACAUGCCGAAGAAAUUCUCUCUGAAGUGGAACCAUCCCCGGUCCGAACAACUUCCGAACGCACUCUCAUGCGAAUACCAAUCAGUCGCAACCGCCCAUUCAUAAAACUCAAAGUCAGAACUUCUACUGCAGCACCAUCGCAUCAACCAGAAUCAACAGAAAACCAUUACCUGGCAGACGUAGAGUUCCACGACGAAUCCGAAAACGUCACCAAACUACUCGAAAGCGAAGAACCAGAGCUCAACAUCAUCGAAAAAUUCACCUCUCCUGAAGACUCGAAAAGCGCACCCAUUCCCCAAUCAAGCUCCUCCUCCGAACCGUCUACUACCGAACUCAGUGAAGAUGAACUCAUCGAGCGAAUCAACCACAACACACAGCGAUCCUUCACCGACAGUCUGGAGGAAUACUUCCGUGAUGUCACCGAAAGCAACCCGUCGCUCUUCAACGACCUCGGCCCAAUUGCUCUGUCCGACGAUCGCAAAGAAAUCCUCGAACUGAUGGAAGACCGACGCAUAGGUGCCCGUCUUGCGAAGGUACUUUCCCAGAGGAACAUGACGCUGGACGAGCUGUUAGAGCACCGCAAGCGUGGUUCCAGCCAGCUGCAUCUCUCCGAAAUGAUCAACGGCAAAGUCAGACCAAUCGAAGACAAGAUGGACAUCGUCACGGCAUUCGAGCACUUCCCACGGUUCAGCCUGGGCAACCUGCGCAGCAUACAGCCGGACGACAUCAAGCUCGACUCGCAGGGCUUCAGCUACUUCACGUCCAUCAUUAGUAUGCGCCCGACGGAUGAAACGCACAAAGAAGGAAGAUCAAUGCAACACCGGGGCGAUCAUAAGUUUAUGGACUGGAAGCAGCAGCCGCACCAGCAGCACCCGACAAAUCACAAAAUGGACGGGAUUCAUUUUUUAGGUAACGGCGGAUCGAAGGGUGGGCUGAUUGUCCCUUCGCGUAUGUCCGCCGAUGCCGAGUUCGACAGCAGCCACGAUCAGCCCAGUAGUAGCGACCUGCUCGAUCUGGAACUGACCGGUCACGGAUUUAAUCACCGGCACACGGUUACAAUCGAGAGCACCUCGAUGCCACUGGGCGUCAAGUCGGCAAUCAUAGCUAGCGCGUGCAUUGUCGGAAUAUCGCUGGCCGUCUUUGCGGUGAUCUUCGUCGUAUGUCGGUGGCGCCAGCGGCGGAGAAACAAGCUCAACUAUACGGAGAACUUCAACAUGGCCAAAGGCCGGCUGCCGAUGAUGCACACCGAAAGUUUGAAGAACGAUCAGAUGCAGGUGUACACGACCCAGCAAUCGCAGCAUCAGCAGCUUCCACAACAGCAGCAGCAGCAACAGCAGCAACAUCAACAGUAUUCGCAUCAUCAGCGGCAACGGAAGGACAGUAAGGUCAACACGAUGAACCCCAACUCGCAGGAGGUGCAGGACUACCUAUGGGACACGAUGCGCAAACCGUUCCAGUGAAGGUGUAUGUGUUUUGGCGGAAGAUAUUUUAAAGCCAUAUGUACCGCUCCGAGGAAUAAAUGAGAAUUAAGGACAACACUCGUCAAAAUAGCAUCGAGACUUUAGUAGACCGAGAGAUUUAUUCGAAGCCAGAUUCUUCUCGACCAAAUUAAUGUUUACGCGGAAAAACAAAAUACAAAUUUAGCAAUAUGUAACUAUUUUCCCUGUUUCCUUCUUCUAGCAACUAUUUAACUUCAUCAUUACUGCGAAUACCGUCUAAUCUAAGCUGUCCAUUAGGGUAGUUCAAAUUUCA